GUUCUCGGGCGAGAAGCCCACCGAGUACAAGGCAUGGGGGAAGUGGGCGAGAGCAUGGAUCAAGUCCAAGAAUAUCAAUGAGGAUGCUCGAGGCUCAGCACUGGUCACUCUCCUGACGGGGGCGGCCUUCAGGGCCAUCGAGGACGUCGAGGACGACCUCAUCGAGCAGGCUGGCGGAGAUGAUGUGAUCUUUGCCAUCCUUGACGACAGGUACCCCGACCUCCCAGCCUCAGACCGGCUCGGCGAGGUGAUGCGUGCCUGUCUGAGGCUCAAGACCCACAAGCAUGAGGAGGCCAACGCAUACACUGCCCAAGCCAGGGCCAUCUUCGCUGAUGCCGAGCGCGAAGGUAUCGUCUUGCCAGAGAUCGCGCGCGGCAUCAUGCUUCUCGGGGGUUGCCACCUGGACUCAGAGAAGGAGGCGGUCGUCAUGGCCGCAGCCCACGGCUCCUGGCGGGAGCCCGACGUCGCGAGAGCUCUGAGGACCACGUAUCGGGCAGGCCUUGGGAAGAUGGCCAUGGGCGGUCAGAGUCACCACAAGGUAUCCUUUCGCUUCGGCAAUGAUGGCAGCCAGUCGUCAGUGGGCGAGGUGCUGCUGCCGAGUGGAAUCCUGGGCAGGAACGCGGUCACGAAGUGGUCUUUGGUGCCAGGAUCGGCACCCUUCCUCAUGUCCAAGCAGCAGAUCAAGGCCAUGAAGUCCCAGAUUAACACCACCAGGGACACAGUUACCAUUGCCGAUCUGCCGGAGUGUACACUUCCCACAAGUGCUGGUGGCCACUACGUUCUUUCCUUGACCGAGUUUGACCCCAAGGGUUUCCGUGACAACUUGGACCCGAUGAUCAGCGACCCCGAGGUCACCAUCUACAUGACGGUCGCCGCGACGGAGAAGCAGCCAAACGUGAUCCCCGCUCCCGAGGGGUCGGCGGGCGACAUCGAGGACAUGACCAUGUGCGACAGGGCUGGAGGUCCACCACCUACACUUCCAAGGGAAGCUGAAGAUGCUGCUCGCAUCAUUCUCGGCGACAACCAUGAUCGGUGCCUGGCGACGAUAGCACCAGCGAAUCUCGACCUUCUGCCAGCUGACCGGCAGGAGCGUGCCGAGCACCGUGUCGAGUCUACUGCAGAUGCCGAGGAUGACGCUGGUAUCUCCGAGGACCUGAUCGACGAGCUCGCGGAGGCCUAUCCUCCAUCGGGCGAUGCCACUGGCGAGCUCACCCGCCGACAGCGACGACGAUUGGUGAAGGACAUCGCCGCGGUCACCGCGCAGCUGCGGCGCGCGGUACUCUUCGAGUUGUUCAGUCCUGAGCGAGUGUGUUCGAAGGCCGAACUCAAGGGUCUGGGCCCAACAAAGGCCCUGGACCUGACCACCGGCUGGGACCUCCUGCGUGCAGAUCACCGUCGAGAAAUGCGGCGACAACUGGCUGAAGAUCAACCUGAGUGGGUUGGCAUGUCGCCACCCUGUACGUUGUUUAGCAUCCUGCAGUACAUGAAUAAGCAGAGAGAUACUGCCGAAUAUCAGCGACGUUUGGCAAGCGCUCGGCUCCUACUUCGACUGUGCGUUCAGGUUGCCGAGUACCAACUGGCUCACGACCGUCACUUCUAUAUCGAGCAGCCGCAGUCGGCGCAGUCGUGGAACGAGCCUGCGAUGAUCAGACUAAGGCGCCAGGACCAUGUGUAUGAGGCAGUUGGCCACGGUUGUCAAUAUGGUUAUCAUGACGCGAUCAGUGGCAAGCCCUAUCGCAAGGCCUUCAGGUUCGUCACUUCGAGCCCGGUGUCGGCUCAGGUGGAGGUCGAGGAGUCGCUGCAGGCGAGGGCCGUGCUCUGGCAGGGUUUGGUCGAGGUCCACACCCACGAAUCUCUCACGACGGAGGUGUUUGCCGCGUCCAAGAGGCGCAAGAAGGCUGAUCAGGACGUGGAGGAGCCGCCAGAGUCCCAAGCUGAAGCUCGAGAUCGACGACGGAAGCUGGAGACGGCGGUCCGCAAGAUCCAUGUCAAUCUUGGCCAUCCUGUAAUUGGGGACCUGAUCCGCAUCCUCAAGCAUGGCAACGCGACUGAGGAGGCCAUCGCCAUCGCGCGAGUGUUGUCCGAGGUAGGCUUCGACGUCAAGGAGCUGCCGUACUACGUCUCUGGGAAGACUUGGGCCGCUUUGAACGUCGUGGACGGCGCCAGCUCUCUCCAACAGAUGAUGCCGCUGGCGGGUAACGAGGAGAACGGUGAGACUCUCAGGAGGGCCUGGGACGUGGGCUGGCGAAGGCCGUACGGAGCACCGGUCAGGGCCAAGUGUGACUCGGCUCGGGCCAACACCGGUGCCAUCAUGUCCGAGGUGCUGGAGUACGACGGAGUGGACUUUGACGUCAUCCCAGGAGAAGCUCACUGGUUACUCGGAAAGGCUGAAAGACAUGGCUCGUGUUUCGCCAACAUACUGAGCAAGGUGAUCGAGACUGUCCAGCCGAAGAACCAUCAGGAGUGGGAGCAAUGCGUCAGCACAGUCUGCGAUCAGAAGAACCGCCUCUUGAGGAAGCAUGGGCACAGUCCAUACCAACAUGUGUUCGGGCGUGAUCCACCUCUCCCGGCCGACCUUCUCAAGGAUUCACCUGACAUUGUUGCGAACAGCUUGUCACUGCACAGCGACGUCUACCAGCGGGCUACGGCUGUUCGGACUGCCGCCCGCAUGGCUGUCCUGAUGUACAGUGACGAUGAGGUACCCUGGUUCGAGCAGCUCCCGAACACCUUCGACAUGCUACCCGAGAAGAGGAGUGGGCAGACUGGCAUGUGCGUCAAGAGUUCAGGGCUGCUCAAGAGAAGUUCAAAGGAAAGCAAGGCAACUCGGUCUACGUGGAUCUGCCUGCUGAGAACCAAGGACAGGCACCGGCUCCAUCUGGCGACGGUCGUAUCAUCGUGCUGCCGGCGCCUCUGCCUGUCGGUCCUGAGCCUGCUCUACCUCCCGGGCCCGCUCUAUCUGAGGACCGACCCCUACCUGACGCUGGUGGACCAAGCCGCCAAGGGAAAGAUCGUCGAGCUGCAGGACCCGAGCCUAGUCGCCCGACGCGUGUUCGACAUCGAGGGCAAGCCCUUGAAACGCCUGAGGGAGAAGACAGCAGUCCCGACUGAGGGUCUCACAUCAUCGGCGGCAUCUGGUCAAACUAUCACUACUGCUGUGCAGCCUGCCGUCGAGGAACCUCCGACUCGGCCAGCUGAUGCUCGGCAGGCGCUCCUGGACUCCGAUCCAGAGCACGACGAGCUAGUGGCAGAGGCUGAGACGGAGGGUCAGGACGUGAUCAUCCCUGCUGAUGUCUGCCUGACCUCCAUGGCGCGCACCGGCGAGCCCUGCUACGAGGCAUUGCUGGCGAAGGGUCGCAAGGAGAUCACCGAGAAGCUCCGUCCCGACCUCAUCGAGGAGAUCCUGAACGCCAAGAUGACAGAGUGGCAGACCGUGGACCAGGAGAAGCAUGCCGUACGUGUGUGCAGCUUGAAGGAGUCAGGUGAGAUCAAGCGCACCCGACCCGAUUUGCUCGUUGACACACGUUUCGUCCUGACUAUCAAGCACGACCCCGACGGCAAGGAGUUGGUAAAGGCCCGUUGGGUUGCCAGAGGUUUCAAGGACCCGGACGCUCUCAAGCUCGUCUACUGGAACCAGACGGCCGCACCUACGGUAUCGCAGAACGCUCGCAUGCUGACACUUCAGCUGGCUGCAUCGCAUCAAUGGCGACUUCAGAUCGGAGACAUCCGGGGCGCCUUCAUGGAGAGCGACCCACUACAACGACCAGAUGGACCACUCUACGCGAAGCAACCACCUGCCGGUCUUCCUGGUCUUCAUCCUGAUCAGGUGGUGGAGCUUGUGCUACCUCUGUAUGGCUUGGAUGACGCCCCUUGCCGCUGGUACUCGAAGAUAUCAGGUUGGCUUACAGAUCAGACGGCGGUGCAGAGAUUGAAGGGGAAGUUCCCUUUCCGAAAGUGGGCUAUCGGUGAGGGUGAGUACUGUGGCAGUGUUCUCCACCAGGAUCCGAAGACGUUUGACAUCUCCAUCCGCCAGACCACGCCUUACCAGGAGCUCAAGCCAGUGACAGCCCUCUACGCGGAUUUUGACAUCAAGACGCGCGAACGCUGGCUAGGUCGACAUCCCUGCCUGGCAGUGACCGACUGCAAGAGCGUGUAUGACCACAUCACUGGCGCUUCAUCGCCAUCCACAGUAGGAGAUCGCAGAGUUGCCGUGGACAUGGUCAUCGUUCGAGAAGGUUUGGCUCGAUCCACAACAACACUGAGGUGGGCACCCACCGACCGCCAGCUGGCGGACGGGUUGACGAAAGACACUGCUGAGACCUGUGACUUGCUCAGGGGUGUCAUCAGGACCGGAUGCUACCAGAUCUCCGAGGAGAGUCUCGUGCUGGACUUGGCCAAGACGGAGCGGGAGCAGAGGAAGGCCAAGGUCAAUGCGAGUGUCUUGCUGGGUUCCAAGUACGACAAUCAGAAGAUCGGCCUGACCUACACACUGACGACCAAGCGUGUGCAGAUCACCGGGCCCGCAGCUAUCAUCGAUGCGGCCGAGAUUAUACUGGUCGAUCUGGAGAAUCGUUUCACCAACUUCAUCGCAUCAGGAGACGACAGUGAGUUUGCUGGUGCCCCUCCUGCUGCUUCUAUUGCCAUUGAAGCGCUGAAGGUAUGGGCCGCUCAUGACUACGAGGAGCCCACUACAGCAGAGGAGGCUUUGGAGCAGGUCAAGAAGCAGGAAAAGGACAGUCCUGACAGUCAUGGGUUUCAGCAUGUGACGGCGUCAGGUUGGACGUCCCGUCGUUUAGCUUUAUCCUCCGAGCAGGAGGUCAUCAUCGGAGAGAUCCUGCAGGAGUCUCGCAGCAAGCUCGAGUGUCACCCGGAGCUGUACAAUCGCCCCUCGUCUAUUUUGAUCCAUGAAUUCACGAAUUCCAUCGAGGAUGGUUUUGAGACGGCACCGCUGCCGCCCUGCAAGCCCGACGUGAGCAUGGGAGAGGACAAGGCUGGGAAGUCCAAGCUUUGA